UGAAUUAAAAUCAAUGCCCAACUGCCCACGCACCCUGUACCCUACUGAGUUCCCCCACUUUUUCCCUAUUUAAAAGCAUCAACUUAUUUUCCCAGCAAACGUAAUCCGAUUCCACCAAUGGAGGAUGAGGGAAAACAGGAAAAUGGUAUCAUUAAAAAUGAAAUCCAAAGAAAACUGAGAAUUCUUUGCCUCCAUGGAUUCAGAACGAGUGGUGAAAUCCUGAAGAAAUUGAUUUCUCGAUGGCCCGAAUCUGUUCUUGAGAAGUUGGAUCUUAUGUUUCUAGAUGCACCUUUUCCUGCUCAGGGGAAGUCUGAUGUUGAAGGGAUUUAUGAUCCUCCAUUCUUUGAGUGGUUCCAGGCCGAUAAGGAUUUCAAAGAAUACUACAAUUUUGAAGAAUGCCUUGAUUUCCUGGAAGACCAUAUGCUAAAGCAUGGACCAUUUGAUGGUGUUCUGGGUUUUUCUCAGGGGGCACUUUUAUCAGCAGCCUUGCCCGGAAUGCAAAGGGAAGGUGUAGCACUUACCAAAGUCCCAGAUAUUAAGUUUCUCAUUUUAAUAUCAGGAAGCAAAUUUGGAGGGUCCAUGUUUGGGUUGCCCAAACUUGCCACCAAUGCAUUUUCAUCUCUAGUCAAGUGCCCAUCACUGCACAUUAUAGGUGAGUUUGACUUCUUGAGGGAAGAGGGCGAAGCUUUACUGAACUCUUUUGUGGAUCCUGUUGUGAUUAACCAUCCCAAGGGACACACAGUACCAAGAUUGGUUGGGGAAGACCUUGAGAAAAUGCUGGGUUUUAUUCAGAAAAUGCAAUUGCAUGAGGUGUAAAACUUUUUUGUGUUGAAUCUAUGCUUUACUUCACACGGUCAUGUUCAUGAAAUGACAAAGUAUGAUUUGUAAUGUAAUGAAAUAUUGUAAUUGUAGAUUUGGACUUCAACAAUGAAUCAUCCGCUGUUGAUUUAUUUGUGCAGCA